UCACUCGUGACCGCUAACUGUCGCUCCCGCCAGAGUGAAGCCAGAGCUCCGCCUCUCCUGCAUCCGGUCGCGCGCCUCUAUAUAAACGUAGUCUGGCCCCUUCCGCGGCAAUUCUGCCUUCAUUCUCCGAACCCUUGACGUCGGUCUGAAGGAAAAUCUGACAAAAUGCGUGAAUGUAUUUCCAUGCACGUUGGCCAAGCCGGAGCCCAGAUGGGCAAUGCAUGCUGGGAGUUGUAUUGUCUAGAGCAUGGGAUCCAGCCAGAUGGUCAGAUGCCCAGUGAUAAAACCAUUGGAGGAGGAGAUGACUCCUUCAACACCUUCUUCAGUGAGACUGGAGCUGGUAAACAUGUCCCAAGAGCAGUCUUUGUUGACCUGGAGCCCACUGUCAUUGAUGAGGUGCGCACAGGUACCUACCGCCAGCUGUUCCACCCUGAGCAGUUGAUCACUGGCAAGGAAGAUGCUGCCAACAACUACGCCCGUGGGCACUACACCAUUGGCAAGGAGAUCAUUGACCUGGUGCUGGACAGGACUCGCAAACUUGCUGAUCAGUGCACUGGGCUCCAGGGCUUCCUGAUCUUCCACAGUUUUGGUGGUGGCACUGGCUCUGGGUUCACCUCCCUCCUAAUGGAACGGCUCUCUGUCGACUAUGGAAAGAAGUCAAAACUUGAGUUUGCUGUCUAUCCAGCUCCUCAAGUGUCCACAGCGGUGGUUGAGCCCUACAACUCCAUCCUUACCACCCACACCACCCUCGAGCACUCCGACUGUGCCUUCAUGGUGGACAACGAGGCCAUCUAUGAUAUCUGCCGUAGAAACCUUGACAUUGAGCGUCCCACCUACACAAACCUCAACAGGCUGAUCGGGCAGAUCGUUUCCUCCAUCACAGCAUCCCUGCGUUUCGAUGGAGCCCUAAAUGUAGAUCUGACCGAGUUCCAAACUAAUCUGGUGCCCUAUCCACGUAUCCACUUCCCUCUCGCCACCUAUGCCCCAGUGAUCUCUGCAGAGAAAGCCUACCAUGAGCAGCUGUCUGUUGCUGACAUCACCAAUGCUUGCUUCGAGCCAGCCAAUCAGAUGGUGAAAUGCGACCCUCGUCACGGCAAGUACAUGGCUUGCUGUCUGCUGUACCGUGGAGAUGUCGUACCCAAAGAUGUCAACUCCGCUAUCGCCACCAUCAAGACAAAGCGUAGCAUCCAGUUUGUGGACUGGUGUCCCACUGGAUUCAAGGUUGGCAUCAACUACCAGCCCCCGACUGUGGUUCCUGGAGGAGACCUGGCUAAGGUGCAGAGAGCCGUGUGCAUGCUGAGCAACACUACAGCCAUUGCUGAAGCCUGGGCUCGUCUGGAUCACAAGUUCGAUCUGAUGUACGCCAAGAGAGCUUUCGUUCAUUGGUAUGUGGGUGAAGGUAUGGAGGAGGGUGAGUUCUCAGAGGCCAGAGAAGACAUGGCUGCUCUGGAGAAGGAUUAUGAAGAAGUUGGCACAGACAGUGUCGGAGAAGAGGAUGAAGAAGGAGAGGAGUAUUAAGUUGAUGGCUUACUGACCCUUGCACAACCAAGCAAGACAACUCAUGCCUGACUUAAUAUGUAAAAUGUUCUGUUAUGAAACCACAUUCCAUGAAAUAAAAGUGUUCCUUUUAUUCGGUCAACCUAUUCAAUAAAAAUGCAAAAAUAA